AUGACUACAAGAAGCGCAAUAAGAAGGAGGGUGAAAGAGGAGAUUGUGAAUGAGGGAGUUCCUCCCCAAGGUCGUCAAGUUCCUCAACCUCCUAAUGAUGAGGGAGCUAUGUCAAAUGUGGAAAUAUGGACGGCUCUCCAAACAUUGACUCAUGCUUUAACGACUCAAGUAACUAGGGAUACUAGAGCUCAUGUGAACCCCAAUGCAGGUACAACAACUUCAAGAAUUAGGGAUUUCACAAGAAUGAAUCCCUAUAUGUUCUAUGGAUCCAAAGUGGAUGAAGACCCACAAGGGUUUAUUGAUGAAAUGUUUAAGGUGCUUGAUGCUGUGGGAGUGUCUCCACAAGAGAAGGUGGAACUAGCUGCCUACCAAUUGAAGGAUCUGGCUCAAGUUUGGUAUGAGCAAUGGAAGGAUGAGAGCCCCGUAAGAGCGAGCCCGGUAGAUUAUGGAUUGUUCAAGUCGACCUUCCUUGAUAGUUGUAGCUCUUAUGUUGAAAGACCUAGUUGUGCAAAGUACGGCAAAACACAUGAUGGCAAGUGCUUAGUUGGCACAGAUGGUUGCUUUAGUUGUGGGAAGAGUGGCCAUAUGAAGAGAGAUUGUCCCAUGCUAAGGGCUCAAGGAAGAGAGGGCAAGCAAGUCCCUCCUUGUGGUUCAAAUUCCAAUGCUCCCAAGAAGAACCACUUCUAUGCUCUUCAAUCCCGAGGUGACCAAAAGAGCUCCCCAGACAUGGUAACGGGUAUGUUGCAUGUCUUUUCCAUUGAUGCUUAUGCAUUAUUAGGCCCCGGUGCCACUUUAUCAUUUGUUACACCUUUUGUGGCUAUGAAAUUUGAAGUGCUCCUUGAAGAGUUACUAGAACCUUUUUUGGUGUCUACCCAAAAUUAG